AAAACACAUCGUGCCACAGUGGCAAAGGAGUUGCUGCUUCUAAAUUUCUGAUAUGAUAUAGAAAUGAACAGACUCUCGCAUCCAGCCCUGGUGGGCAUAUGUGUAAAAUAAGCAUUAUUUGUUAAAGCACUGUAAUUUCAGGGCUGCACAAUUACACCAAGAAUAAAAUAAAAUUGCUCUCAAAGAUACUGUGGACACAAGAGUGAUUGUAGUUGGUGUGCAAUAUUUCACCAAUUAAGAUGCCUCCUUUCCAUUUUCAUGAAAUUAUAAUCGAGCGUUAUGAAAGUGUCACGUUUCAGGCUUUGAUAUGAAACAAACUGGAAUGUUCUCUGACCCAUUUAAAAGGGUUUCCAAGUAGCAUAUGCAACAUAAAACAAAAACCUUAUUUAAGAGAUGUUUCAACAAAGCGCAGCCUUCUAAGAAGCAGUACAGUGUGAUGCAGAAAAAUCACACGCCCCUCCUUUUUUACUCCUCAUUUGCUAUCUUUAAUAUUGCACAAGUUUUCACCUGCAAGAAAGAACUGGAAACUAAAGUCAUUUUGAAAUCGUGCUUCAGUAAUUGUACAGCCCUGUGCAUGUAAAUUUAUUGUGGUUUGAAUGGGAUGUUAACUUUACUUCCUCUGCAGUUUAUUAGUUGCACCCAAAUAAAACAAAUGCAGUUGGAAGCUGUGAGAUAAAUCGUACCUUUAUGAGCUAAAAAACCCAUAUCUAUAUUUUCAGAUGGAUAUGUUUGGUUAUUUUUGGAGGUUGCGGCUCCAUGGAGAAGAAACUGGCUGAACUGCAGUAGUUUUCAAUUCAAUUCAAUUUUAUGUAUCUAGCGCCAAAACACAACAACAGUUGCCUCAAGGUGCUUUAUAUUGUACAGUAGAUCGUACAAUGAGUUUUAGUUGGGUGUACUGAAUAAGCUGUCAGCUCAGUGUGGUUGCUAUCUUUUUAAUGUAAAUUCAAGAUGGCACCUGAACUGUUAAUUCACUCAAUCUAAUAAGGGAGCACAAAAUGUUCGAUUAGGUCAACCCUAAGCCACAGUGUAUCGUGUGUUUCGCUGGUUCUGGGCGGUGGAGGGUGUCUUCUUCGCCAAUCAUGCCCAUCACUACCAAUCAGAUCACUGUGUAUGAUGACGAAUGCUAGCUGUCUGCAGUUGUCUCAUUAUGAACCUUCACAUCCUUGAGUGCACUGCUUGAGCUCACAAUGAUGGUGUAGUGGUGAAAAUUGGUACUGCGGGGACUCUUUGGGGUGUCAUUUGAGGACUCUGCUAUCCACUCUGCCGGGUUCCUGUGUCACUCUAUGUGUGGUUUCCUCUACUUUCCGCAACACUGCCUUCUCAUCAGAUGCGCUCAAAUGUCAAGACCAAUCUGUGGGAUUUCUGCUUUAUGUCUUCCAGUCUUUUCCCCUAGAGUGCUGUAGUCAUGUAGUAACAUUGGAAAUAUUUAUCAUCAUGCGAGUGCAGUCUGCUUUCCUUUUUCCCCUCACUUUGUCCACUUUUAUCAAGGUUAUAUAGAGUGACCUCAUGUCACAGCACACAGAGGCUAUCUAUAUCCAUCCUUCCUCUCUCUCUCUCACUCUCUUCCCCUCACUCUUUAACUGUGUUUCUCAGGUUACCAAACAUGAAUAAGGGAGGAGCGUUGAAUACCCAACAUGAACAGCCCACCCUCCACAUGCACACACAAACACAUGUAUCCACCAUCCCUUCCCUUCUCUUCCCUUCCCUUCAUUCCUCCUUCCCCAUCCCCAUCUCCAUCUCUCCUUGGAGUGUGUGCAUUUCUGAGUAGAAGUGCAGCAUCUUUCUGUGCAUACACAUGUAUACUGCUAAAUGACUCUGGCUGCAGAGAGGAGGUGGGGGGAAGGGAAGGAAACAGGAAGGAGGUAGCAUGGGAGAAAAGAAGGUGGGGAGGGCACAGGCUGUGGCGCGGUUGUGUGUGUGUGUAUGAAAGAGAGAGACUGAGAAUGGGAGGCAGCAUCACCCACCCAGACAGGGAGGAGGGGAGGACAGACAGUGUGCUUGUGCCUCUAACAGACAGACAGAGGUGGAAGGAAAGUGGGGAUGAGAGACAGACGUGAGGGGAGAAGAGGAGCACAAUGAAGGACUACCAUCAUCCAUCCUGGCAACACUGCCAUUUCACCAUCUGCUGAAAGAGUGAGAGAGAGAGAGAGAGAGAGAGAGAGUGAGAGGAGGGACGAAAAGAGGAGGCAGCCAAACGGAGGAGAGGAUAGAUGGAGAGGAGCUGCCGGCAGUGACUUUGUGAAUUAAUCGAGCGGAAGAGCGGAUCAGAGGAGAAGCACGUUUUUCGGGGAGUGGACGAAGGGAAAGCUAGGAAGAGGAAGGAGAGGACGAAUGAUCGGACAAGCUGUGGCCGUUUAAACAUUAAUGUGGUUCUUAUGUGAAUACGGAACCUAGCUUUAGGAGAAUCACCGUGGAUUAUCAAUUGCAUACUUUAUAAACCAAAAAAGGAACUACUUCGGUUUUUGUUUUGUUUUUUUGCCAUUCAUUAAAACACUUAGGGAAAUCGAUAAGACUCACUUUAUACAGAACAGUUUAAUUACUUUUUCUUUUCUUUUUUUGGAAAUACAGACUCCCUUUGUGAUUUUCUAUUUUCUUUUCCUAUCCUUCAUGAGCGUAGGAUCUACUCUGCAGGAUGUUAUACAAUCAUUCUAAUCUUUGUUAGCUGCUGCACAGAAUAUUCAGGUUGUUUUUAUGCAAGUUUUCUAAACAUGAGUUGUCUUUUUGAUGUUAAUUCUUGGUGAAAUUCUUGUUUAUACAGUUAUUAGAAAAUAGAUUAUUAUUCUUUGAAAACAGUGUCAGUUUUACAUGCCCUAGUCGGAGUCGGUGCAAGCGACCGACAUCGGAUGUCAACAUUGAUUCGGUUUUAUGGCUGGCGGGAUGCCGGCCAAACUUUGAUCAUUUCCUGAACCAUAUUGAUCUUUCUAGGAGUCUGUAGUUUUUCUCCUGUUGGAUGAAAAAAAAGAGCUCUAAUGUGGAGCCUUUGAUGGAGCUACUAAUUGCUUGCAAUGUGAUUUGACAAAGCGGUUAUCUCUUUGUCUGAAGAUUUCUGCUGUUGUCAGGACUUCUCAGUAUAUAUCCUCUGCAGGCAUCUCUUUUAAUGUCUGUUGCCAUAGCAACGGGCAGCAGCUGCAGACAGAACAAGAUGUAAAGUUGGUUUUCCUUGUCCUAUCUUUUUAAACUGGUGCUGUGCCGUUUGGUAAUUGUAUAUAUUUACUUGAUAAAACAAGAUUAGUUCAUUGUUUGUGUCAGUUUUUAGAGUUUUUGUUUCCCUUCUUCUCUACUAGACAGUCCUUGUCUUUGCGGAGCUCGGCAAGCUCCGGGAAUCAGGGUUGUUUCAGGUCACCUGUCUCCCCCUCCCAAUUCUCCGUGUUCGCCUUGUACGACUCAUCUCCGUCCAGCCUGUCCCGAUCUCACAUUUAUUAAUGACAACUACCAUUUCCAUCAGUCAAACUGAUGCGCUCUUAUCAGAAAUGACUGGAUGAAUUAGAUUACAGUGCUGAUUUCACUUGUACAUAUCACAGCUGCGUGGCCCCAAGGCCACCAAUUACCAGUCAUUAGCUGUGUUUGUCACAGCCUUUUCCUUUUGCUGUUUGUCUCUAGGUGACUCAGGAUUUCUCUUCCUGUAGAGGGUCAUCUCCUCUGCAGUCACCUGACCUACACUGUGUUCGGUGCACUAAAACAUCCCUGGGAAGAGCCAGGGUUAACUCUGCCCAUAGAGCAUUUCAGCAGCUCCCUUUUUUUUAACAGCACCUGAAUUUCUCUCCAGUGUUAGCAAGUCUACUGAGGUUGAAUAGUUUGCCUUUUUAAGUGCUAUUCAUCUCUACGGACUAAGUUCUGGUUUUAUUAGAUGCUUUACAGCUUUCUGGAGAUCGUCCCAGCCUGUCUUGCAGUUCAUAAGUAUGACUGGAUCCUCCAUGGUGCUUUCUGGCCAAGACCAGAUGGAUGACUAGCUAGAAUUGCUAGACAAUCCCUCUGUGGUGCUAGACUGGUGUAGGCGACUGUUCCUUUGCCAUGCAUUGAGCGCCCACCACCAGCUUGCGGGCUGUCCUUCAGGCAGAAUGAAGUUCUGAAAUCUUAGUGUGAGGAGGAAAUAAAUAAUCAACCUUUUUUGCUUGGCAUUACUGAAACGCUGGUGCCACUUUUACAGACUUUUGUAUGUGUUGUGGAAAAGGUGGGUGUAAACCUUCUCCUUUGAGCGAGCAAAGGUCAACAGAUUGUAAGUAUGACUAGUGCCUCAGCAGCACUAAGUUGUAGGUCAGCCAGCCAGUUUACUGCUGGACUGUAGGUGUAGCUUUGCCUCCUACUGAGGUCAAACUGUUGCAGACUGUUUUAAUUGUAGGGCUCCGGUUUGUGAGAGACUGUUAAUGUAAACAGACUGUUGUUUGCCUUCUAGAUUGGACUAUGCAGACUAUGAGAUGUGAGAUGGUGUCUGUACAGUAGAGAGAGCUUACUUGCUGCUUGAUAAGCCCUGCCUUAGAUAAGGAAGGAAUAUAACUCUUGGCUCGUUCAUAUCAUCUGUGACAGUGUCAAUAUUUUUCUCUCAGGUAAAUAACUCUGUUCUGCGAUUGCUAUUUGAACUAGGCCGUAAUAAAGUUACAGGGUGAGAACAGCCGUGCAUAGAGAAAUCAGCCUAACAGCAGUUUUGAUUGAGCAUUUCCAGCUGGGCGAGUGACUACAUGUUGAACACUGGUGAGCCUCAGCACCAUUCAGGGAACCCUGGGUUGGGAGUUCAAACCUGACCAAUCAGGUCUCAUUACCAUCACAACAAGACCACCGGUAGUUGUUAUCAGCCAAUGACCUACAUUCUUCAGUGUUACAUCACCACCGUGCUACUGCAGUGUGUGUCAGUGUACCAGACACAGGCAGCAUCUCAGACUCAAACUACCGCUAUCUAAUGGUGCUCCAGGAAGAAAAAAAUCAACACCCUAUGUGGCCAGUUUUAGGGAACACACUUGAAACAAGACAGGCUCACUUGUUUUAGCCAUAUCAGGAACAUCAGUCAGGAACAGAUUCAACUCUGCCAGUGCAGUCUUAAGUACUUCACUUUUUGUCUUUAGGGUUUCUGUUGGUGUCAAAGGUUACCAUGCCUAGCCUUUAACCAUCUAUAAUCCUAAAGCUAAGGGAAGCAGAAAGACAGGGCUCAAUAUUAUUUUUAUUAAUUUUUUUCAACUGAGGGACUGUUAAACGGGACAGCCUGGAGAACGGGCGAGCAGACGAGGGAGGGGGAGAGGGGGAGCGAGAGAUCAUCUGGAAGAGGAGAGAGGAAGUGGUGGCGCGGGAGAGGGCGGAGGCGUUGGAGAGACAGAGGCUGGCGGAGCACAUAGUGUGGAGGAAGAGAGAAGACUUCCAGGAUAAGAGAGGAGACAGAGAGAAGGGAGGAAAGAGUUCAGAGAAAGGGAAGGCGCCUGCGCCAGAGGUAAUCUGGAAGAGAAGAGAAGAAGAAGAAGAAGCAGGGAGAGAGAGAGCGAGGGCCAUUCAGAGAGGACAUGAAAGCAUUUGGAGGAAGAGAGAGAGGGAGUGAAAAGUAGGCGUUAAAGAAAGUGUGCUGCUACCAAGAGUUGGAGACUAGCCAUACAUCAGUAAGCCUCCUCUCUCUUCUUUAGCAGUUCUGGGCUUCAUUGAGCUCUGCAGGUGCUUGCUGUCGUAUCGACCAGUUGAGGCUGUGUAUAAUGUGUGCGUCGCUGCCGCGUUAGCGUGCACGGCCCUCCUUGCAAUCCCCUCUCUGGCUGCUAAUAGGAUUUUUAUGGGCCCGUGUCAAGCAGGAUAGAGCUGCCAAGGGGAGCUGCUUCACACGUGCACGCACAAGCGCAUGCCAACACGAACAUACACAGAUAAUCAAAGAAGCAUUGUAGGCCGGCAAGGUUUAUACUGCCUCAUGCAUGUAGACACAUCACAUAGAAAUGCGCACCCCCCAGAGCAGUAAGACAUACACAUGAGGGGGUGUUCAGAGAGACAAUCACUUGUGCUGAUUCUUCAUGGUGCUGGUGACAGCUGAAUUACUGGGCCUCACUCAGAGGCUAUUAAGUUGGGACAAGAUAGUCACAGAUAUUGUUUUACAUCAUGGCAAAACACCAAGAGCAACAGUCUGUGGACAGCUAAGAAGCUAUUCAUCAGUUCCUGGGAACUCAGAAAACACUCAAGUAAAUUUCAAAAUGAACUCAUGACAACAUGAGCUGCACUGGUGCACUAAAAAGCUUUUUUUGUCUGUGUUUUACCAUUAACUGGGGCACCCAACGUUUCCUCUGUGCUUUUGCUCAUACUGCUUUCAUUGUGGAUAAAGCCGUUUUUAAAGCAGUUGGGUUUUGGCUGCCUGGAAACAAGUGGAGGACACACAACCAGACAGAUGGAUGCAGCUCUUACACUGAGCAAGACAGACAGAUGGCUGUUUGUCCUUUCAGAGAAAAACUUUGAAUACUGAGACAAAGAGACUUUGAAUCACAAGAGCCUGUGUGGACUUGCACGGAUAUAAAAACUGACACUGCAGAUUCAUUAUGAUUCAAUUCAUUAUGGAGAAAACAAAAUACACCCAUUUUCGGAGUGAAUCACUGAGCUCAACUGACGAAACAAACUCCAAUCCAUCAUCGUUUCCUCCUUCCAGUCCUGUCACCCCCCUCACACCCUCCCCUGGCUUACCUUCCUCUCUCUCUUCCUCAUCUCUCACUCCCAUUUUGCCCCCCUCCUCUCCCCAACAAGCUGAGAACAGCCCCACCACCUUCUGCUCCUUCUUCCCCAGAAUGGGCUCUCUUCGUCUGGGUGUCUCAGCUACUCUUCUCCCAGGACUCAAGGCCUCAAGCAAAUCACAGGGAGCUCAGGCACCUCAGGCACCUGUUGAGUCCUCUGGGGAUGACAGGAGCAACUCUAGCUCCUCCCCACCACUUCAUCACCCUGUUUCGCUUCUAACUGCUCCUUCUCCCCCUCCCCGACCUCCUCUGCAGGACAUGAACCGGCUAGGAGGGGUGUCUAGGAGGGCACGGGUGGAAGGAGGGCAGCUGGGAGGAGACGAGUGGACGCGCCAUGGCUCCUUUGUCAACAAGCCCACCCGUGGCUGGCUGCACUCAGACAAUGUGGUCAGCACCACUGGUGUUUCCUACAGUGUACGGUACAUGGGAUGCGUGGAGGUGCUACAAUCAAUGCGGGCGCUGGACUUCAACACCAGAACUCAGGUCACCAGGGAAGCUAUCUCUGUGGUGUGUGAGGCAGUACCCGGUGCCAAAGGAGCCCGCAGGAGAAAGCCUUCUUCUCGCUGUCUAACGUCCAUCCUGGGAAAGAGUAAUUUACAGUUUGCAGGCAUGACAAUCAGCCUCACCAUCUCGACCAGCAGCCUCAAUCUGCUGGCCUCUGACUGCAAACAGAUAAUCGCCAAUCAUCACAUGCAGUCCAUCUCUUUCGCCUCUGGAGGAGACCCAGAUACAGCUGAGUACGUAGCAUAUGUGGCCAAAGAUCCAGUCAACCAGAGAGCAUGUCAUAUCCUGGAGUGUUCGGAGGGUUUAGCCCAGGAAGUCAUCAGCACCAUUGGUCAGGCCUUCGAACUGCGUUUUAAACAGUAUCUGAAAAACCCUCCGAAACUGGUCACACCUCAUGACAGAAUGGCUCCAUUUGAUGGCUCUGCAUGGGAGGAAGAAGAAGAUGAGGCUGCUCCGCCUCCUGAUGUCCCGUACUAUAAUAAUUUCCCUGGAAAACAGCCUCCCCCUGCUGGAGUGAUUGACAUGAGGACCCGGCCUGGUGCCACGCUGCCUUAUGGACAGCCGGGUCAGAAUGACAUUCAUAAACAGCCUCUGCCACCCCUACCAGUGGGUGCCAAAGAAGGUGGGCGGGAGAUGUUUGAUGACCCUUCGUACGUCAACGUAGAUAAACCUCGCCUCCCAGCUGCAGCAAACGGAAAUGCUCACAAAGACGCUUUCGACAUGAAGCCACUGGAUGAUGCCCUGGGGGUUUCUGGGCAUGGAGGCCCAAACUCAGUGACAGCAGUGCCCUCUAUGGUGCAGCAAUUACAGUCUGAAAUCUGGUUCCACGGGAGCCUAAGUCGUAAGGAAGCAGAGAAACUGUUGACCCGAGAUGGAGACUUCCUGGUGCGGGAGUCUGGAACCACACCUGGGCAGUACGUCCUCACGGGACAGCAGGGUGGUCAGCCCAAACACCUGCUGCUCGUUGACCCAGAAGGAGUGGUCCGUACAAAAGACCACCGGUUUUCGAGUGUCAGCCACCUGAUCAGUUACCACAUGGACAACAGACUUCCCAUUGUGUCAGCUGGGAGUGAAGUGUGUCUGCAACAGCCAGUAGAGCGCAGGGCCUGACCUUACCCACACCAAUGAAAUACACCACCAAAAACAUACACUCCUACUAUUAUAUCAGUUCUGCACAACAUACACGACCACACACACACACACACACACACACACACACACACACGCUCAUUUCCUUUAAUGCACACAGAAACACUACACCUAACACACAACGAUACAUAUGCACACACAUUGCAAAGAAAGCCAAAAAAAAUAGAAAGGUAUCACCAGUAUCUCUGCAAAAUCACUCACUUGCUGCUGUUGCUAUAUUUCCUGUCCAAACUGUGAUCUACGGUUCCUUCGCUGACAUCACCGACUAUCAGGCGCAUUCCUCCAAAGCGGAGAAGCACUGCUGCAAUUUCUCAGCCUACUGUGAACCAGGAAGGAGCCCUUUGCAAAUUACAGAAUGGGGCAGAAAACAAAUGCAAUCUUUUUUUCUUUUUGUUUUUUAAGAAAAAAAAAUCUUUAUCUGUAAUUAUGAAAAAAAAAAGUGGAAACGUAAUACUACAUGGAAUCAUGUACUGAAAUGGCAGAACUGAAGAGUGUGGAAAGGAACAUUAAGGGACAUGGAGGGAGAUCUUCAGUACUUCUAAGCAUGUGCUUUCUUUAUUCUUUCUGAAAGGAGGGAAAAAAAUCCUCCUCAGACUGUUGCUGGAGCAUUUUAGAUAAAACACAAACUGGAUGGCAAGAGUUCUUUGUUUCCGAGACUGAACUAGGCUCAAACACAAACUCUCACAGCAAUCCUUGGUAUAAAAUAAUUCGGCUGGAGAAUAUGUGUACAGGUAUACGAGUUUGGUUCCGAUCUCAUCAGAGGGCCACCCCCAACCCAAACUUCUCCUCUUUUAAGGACUUUUAAACCCCUGGAGGAAAGCCUGUAUGCAAAUCUAGGACUGCUAUGCCAAUGAUCUUCAUAUACUGUAUAUUCCUUUUUUUUUUUUUUUCUGUGUUUCUGUUUAUUAUCUUGGCACUCAUCAAUCAAAGGACACCCUGAGUACGCAAGGAUCAAAUCAGCUGUAUCCUCCCAAUCCCUUUCUAAACGCAGACGUACACACCUUUUACACAACUGAGUCAGCACCACCUGUCAUGCCAAAGAACAUGAACUUGGUUGAAAAGGAAGCAGAAAAGGAAGCCAUGAAUAUUAACAACUCCUAUCGAUCUUGUGCGUUUGCGGCAUCGGAGCAACUGUGUGUAGAAAGAAAUGCAUUUCGAAACAUGCCCGUUUUAGAGUGGAGAGGAACGAUUGUGUGCAUGGGGGGGGGCAAUAAAGGAGAUUUUUAAAAAAUACAUCAAAAUCAACCACAACACAAAAUUCAGUAAGUUUGGAGAAGCUUAGACGAGAUAUUAUUGAGCAUUUGGUUUACAUUAAACACCUUAAUAUGCGUUUGCAUCGACAAUCUAUGUGUUAUAUCUUUAAAGAAUAUCCUAAUUGAAAAGAGCAGUUAGCGGGAGACCCCUUUGACAAGUGUUUAACAGUCUAAGCAAUGAAUUUCCUUCUGCAAAAACAAUGCAAGUUAUGUCAUGGUAACUGGUUAUGUAAUUUUGAUGUUUGUGUUUUAUUGAAUCGUUUGAGAGAAUAAUGAACGAUUUCCAAACCUUUUAUGUUCCGAGGUUAGACGGAUAUUGCUAACAAUGAACUGUUCAGCCAAAGGUUGCUCCUCGGCGUGCUGUGUUCACAGAUUUUCGAGGAUCAGGAGGGAGAAGUUCACGUUAUUGUUUACUGUUUUCCUCCUCCCUUCAUGAUGUAGUUGUUUUUGGUUUAUAUAUCUAUAUAUCUAUAUAUAGAUAUAUAUAUACCUUUUUGAUCGUGCCUUGAUUCUUCAAUGCAGUCAUGUCACUCCAAUGCAGUCACCUUAUGUACUUAAUUCAAAUGUAGUCAGCUACAGGAGAAUCUUACAAAAAAAGUCUCAGUUUAUCAACAACUUUGCAAAAAUGACACUCCGGUAAACACACGCAAACAGAUCUAGUGAUGGCAAUCUCCUCUGAUGCACGUUCUCGCGUUCAGCUUACAGUCACAGAUACUUGAUGUCACCAUCUGGGGGGGAGUGGGGGUCGGGGUGGUAUGGGAUCGGGGGUUUUUCCUGAUCAUCUGUAAAUAACAUAAAUUUUUGACUGAUAAGCUUAAGUGAUGGAUUAUUGUUUCCAUUUUGUGUAUAUUUAAUGACUUCUUUGAUAAAUAACACAGAGCCAGAAACCACAGCACAGAGGUCGCUCAUGUAGAAUUUGAACACGUCGAAGAGACCGAAGCCAAAAUUUAAAAAUUUGAGAAGGGAUUUUUUUUUUCAGCCUAAACCUUAACUAUCUGUUAGUCAUUAGACUUUGAAGUGGGCUAACAUGUUGUAGAUCAUGUAUGCACACACAUACCCGAGUGACCGCCGGGUCAGUCUGCAUGUUCAGCUUUAUGCAGGUCAGAAAUAGGAAAACGGCAGAGAAGUUCUGCCAUUACUGUGCGUACCUGUUGUAUGUGUGUGUGGGCUGGAACAGGCUCACUUGAUGCUCUUUAUCGUUAGUGAACUGGUUCUGUGUUAUUAUUGUGCAUCACAGUAGCCUUUGUUGCAUGAAAAUCCUUUCAGAAAAUUAGUUGUUUAUUGUUGGUGAUGGUGGUAGUGUUGAUGAUGCUGUUGUACUUUUUGGUUUGUGUUUUUAAAAAGCCAAAGGUUCCUUUUGAAAUAGUGUGCACAGAUAAUGAUUUUUAUUACUUUAUGUUUCUGUUUUAAUACUCUUUGUCUUGUUUUGUUUUUAGGGAAAUGUGUCUGUUUACACCUGUAUUGGAAAAAUAUAGAUUGCAUAUAUAAAUACAUAUAUCACUUAUCUGGC